CUUAAAACCCAAACAAUUGCCCUACACAAGUUGCUAUUUCUACCGAGCCAGAGCAUCCUUUUUCAAAUCCAAUCAUAAAUUCGUAAUUGCCAGGAUCAGUUCGUUUUCGGAUAGAAGCAAACUAUUGGCAGCUGAAGUGCUUUGGAAUAUCACGGUGCGAAAGCCACCAGAAGCUGCCUGUAUGCCGAUAUUCUCUUUACGCUUUUGCGAGGAUCCCGAUUAUCCUUUGGCCUAUUGGAGCAAGAGUCACAUCCUUUUUAUGGCAGCUGUAAGCGGUGAUUGCAGGAAUAUCCGGUAUGGCCAAACCCGAUGGGAUUUUUAUGAUCUGCGGGAGAAAAGUAAGGGCUGCCACAUUACAUCGAUCUCCUUAAACAUGUUGCCCAAACUGAACAUUUCGUGAUGAGUCUGCCUCCUUAUGGUGAAUAUAAAGCUGGUGUCAUAUUAGUAUUACGAGCCUGUGUCAUAAUAAAUGAUGUCCCUGCUGUAGCUCGUUGUUACCUGAGGUACACCCCUCCUAAAGUUGAUGUCAAAAUUGUGGGCAAUGAGUGGCGUGAAGUUAAUGUUCGCAAGAAAACUACACUCGAUGGGAGUCAGACCAGAGACCUCUCUAGGCCGUUUGUAGACUUUUCCACUAAGACAUUUUUAUGGAGUUGCAGAAGCAAGGACGAUCCGAGGAACAGAUAUUGCCGUUCACAUAUGUCAGACAGACCCGUAAUACGACUACCGGCGAAUGUCCUCAGGAAAGGAUCAGAGUACUUGUUCACCCUGGCCGUGUCCUCGCGAGAGAACCCUGGAUUCAUACAGACCGCCAGGCAGUUUUUAAUGGGUGUUUCCAACAAAACAAUCACUCUUAAUAUCAGGUGCAUAAGUAACUGCGACUAUGGAGUGUUCUCCUCGGAUGAGAGUGUUCAACUUAGAGCAGAGUGCCAGGACUGUACUCAGCCAAUAGUUCGAUAUGAAUGGUGGUUGAAAACAUUGGAAGAGAAAUUGGAAUCAGAAUCGGAAUCGGAAGAAACCCUGUUGUCGGAGUCGCAAUUGGCUGUUUUUUACUAUGACUACAAAAUACUUUCCAUUCGACUUAGGGUGGGGUUGAGAAGCAACAUGUCAGCGGAAGCCUACUAUACACUUCGCAGAAAUGAAGGCCCCAAUGGAACAUGUACUGUUUCUCCAUCCUCUGGCAUUGAGGCUGUGACCACAUUUGAGAUCAAUUGUAGGGGUUUUAAAACAGAAUUUGAACCCCUUUAUUAUCGCUAUGUGACGCCAUCAACAGGCAUUAUUGAACAAUCACAAUUUGCAAGAUAUGAAACAUAUCUAACAGAAACGGAAGAGAUUGAAGUCUUAAUUUGCGAUGUCAUUGAUAAGUGCACUAUUCAGACCUUAAAUGUGAACGUAAAGCCGUUUAUGUUUAAGAAAAUCAAGGCUAAGCCCAAGCAGAGGAUUACAGCAAUUCUUCGAAAUGUUAAGGAUUUGAUAAAUCGUGGUCUUUGGGACAAUGCAAUGAGUCGAUCUUUAGCGGCCGUUACUUAUACUAAGAGUGCAAAUGAUGGCAAUAUAAUAUUUGAUAGUCUACUGAAUCAGGAGACCGUCUCGGGUCCUCAGCUUGAAAGACUCGCAAUUCUGACCACUCAAUUGAUUAACUACUUGAUAUCCCUCGACUAUGAAGAUGUGCGUCUCCUGGGACGAAUCUUCAAGCAAAUGAGUCGCAUCUUUAUGGUAAUUGUGUCACAGCGUGAGGAAGUGCAUCCGGAUGCUUAUUACACACUAACGGCCAUGCAUAUGUACUACAUCUCCACUUUGGGAGUACAAUCAGAAGCGUAUUCGGUGGCCAUGUGCUCACCCUACAAUGCCGAGUGUUUGUAUUUUGAGAAAGUUCGCCUAAUGCAUCGGAAUAUUGGAUUUGAUUCUUUGAUCCUUUAUAAAAUUAACCAAUGGAUGAUGGCCACAUGGUAUCUCUACAAAUGUGUAUAUUUCCUAGGCAUUUUGGGUAGCAGGCAACAGAAUCCAUAUCAUGAGGCAUUGUCUGUGCGACAGGGUGGCAUUUCGUAUCAGAUGAACUUGACACAGGUAAAUGAUGGAUUCAAACCCCUCAUCGUAAAAACCAUUGAUAAUAGUCACAUAAUAAAGCUAUCGGCUAAACUUCUACAAGAGCUCCGAACGAAACUGAACCAUGAUGAGGUUCUGUUCCAAAUCAUCUCACAGCGUAAUCAUCACCAUUUGUACUGGUGGUAUCCAUACCCAAUGCCGGCAAAAACAAAUGUACUUAUAAUCCAUGCAUACAGUCGUAAUGGAUAUCUUUGGUUUGGCAAUAAGUCACGCUUGGAAAACCCUGUAAUAUACAAGACAGACCUAAGCAGGUUCAGUGAUAACGAAAACUUUAACGUUCUGACAUCGAAUGGUAGUAUAGGCCAUCCCUCGGAGAUGCACUUUUAUAAGAUGAUGCUGGACAACAAGGCCGUGUUGGCAGUGAGGAUUGUAAACGUUUCUGAGCCAAUUCAUAUAAAUAUGCGAUUGCAUAGGCGUCCAACGUCCCAGGAACUUGAAAAGCAUCGUUGUAUUAUAACUCCAAAGAUGGGGGUCUACAGAUUUGGCAACAUUUCCGCAAAUCAAAAGCUUCAAAACUACAUGGCAUGCGAUGGUACGCAAUUUAAAUUUGAUCCAAAUCGUGAAGUUAAGGAAGAAAUACUUUUGGUGAUAGUGACCGGGGGACAGGAGUUUGCGGGAACCACUUCUAAUAUCAAUAUUUAUCUAAAGUCACCACGUCAGCCGCAGCAUAUGUAUCAGAUAAUUCAGGAUCCUGGACAUCCGAGAUUGUUGAGGAACACCACCAAUAAGAUGCAAGUGCCGAGGGGUUACAUUAACAUACCAACUCGUUUGGCCUUGGGCAUUGAUAGAAAUGGACGUUAUCCUUCGUGGUAUUGCCGCACCAUAACCGUUAUCGAUCUGGAGCUAAAGAGGCAUCAACUGUUUGUGGUUGAAAGAUGGAUUGAAAGGGGUCACACGCGUUAUAUACGCUCCAAGUACUUCCCCAGGGGAGGCCGAGAGUUCAUACCUCAGUAUACAUGGUGGAAGCGAUUCCGGAAUAGAUUUGAGCAAUUGUACUACAAUUGGUUCUGUGAUAAUCCUGUCACAGGACCCUGGCAGAGUAGCAUUGGUGGCUGGACCUUGAACCGAAUCGAACGAACCGCUGUUUUGAUCAGUAAAUUAGCCAUUACAUUCACUCUGGCACUCCUUAGUCCUGUAAGCCAAGUGCCCAUGUUUUUGGUUUACACCGAACUAAGCCCAACUGCUCAUGUGGAACGUCCUCGGGAGUAG